AUGCUUGGACUUCUGGGUAUGACCGUCCAGCAGUGUCUCGAAGCGUAUAAGCGAAUGGCAGAGCAAGCCUUUACGCCAAAGAGAAAAUGGCUUUGUCGGAAACUCAACAUGCCAGCGUCACCCCGAGGCAAGUUUUCGGGGAAAAGCCUUGCAGACGCUGUCAAGAAGAUUGUGAAAGAACACACGGGUGAUGAAGAAGCCGUCUUUGCUGACAAGACCUGCGUGAAGACUGUCGUACUCGCCGUCACCAAGGCAGACGUCGGUGCACUCCCUACAAAGUUCAAGACAUAUCAUAUCGGGGACGAUUUCAAGCACUGCAAGAUCUGGGAGAUUGCGCGCGCAACCUCUGCAGCAACUACCUUCUUCGAAUCUAUUUUCCUCGGUCACCAAAAUAUCGAGUUCAUCGACGCAGGCUUUGGACACAACAACCCCAGCGAGAUUUUUCAAGCGAAGCAGUGGACAUAUUCCCAAGAAUUCCAGCAGUACAUGGCGAAUUUCGCGAGAGAUAUACUCGAGGAUAGAUUCAAAGUCGAGGGUUCGGCUAAGUUCAUAAGAGGCGAAUUCUUGCUUCAAGAUGAGAGCGAGCACGACCUCGACCUGCGGUCGCCUUGGAAAAGCAUUAUGAAGCCCGGGCAGCGCAGACACUUGAGCGUCAAGUUUCGAGCGAUCAAAACAACAGCUUGUCCACAUUGUGGGACUGAUAACGAGCUUUUUGAGGGUCAGGGUACCAUCUGUCAGAAUUGCCCAGUGACGUAUCAGCGGAUCGUCGAGCUCGGUUCAGAAGACGAGACGGCACAGAGUACAGCGGUAUCCAAGCAUAAAAUAUAUGGAUCGAGAAAGAACGAGGUUACAGAAGAUGUGCUCAAGCUCUGCUUCCAUCGGAUCACGCUCAUGGAUUACUUGUCUGGACAUAUUGCGAAGCUACAAUUAUCCUCGUUUGGAAAAACGGCGACACCAUCAGUACACUGGUCUAAAGAUAUUGGGAGGCCACCAGUAUACCGCUGGCAAUGUUGCGGAUGCGGCAGCGAUAACAGCUAUAAGACCGAUCAAGGUUGCCCAAGUUGCUGGAACCACUGGAGGGGUCAUUGCUGCUACGUUUACAACGAUAGCCUACGACACUAG